UUCCAUGACGUUUGAGCUCUGCAGCUACCUAGCUGUACAAAUCGUCAACAAACCCUCGCUGCCCACGAAGCACUCUCUUGUACUGUUGCUUAGCACUUUGUCAUUGCCAAUUGCUUUCCCAGACAAGGAAGAACGAAAUAGACAACAGUAAAAUCGACAAUGGCUUCACCAAAGACGGUCCGCUGGGGUAUCCUGGCUACAGGAGGCAUCGCCCUCACCUUUACCAGGGAUUUGCUGUGCGAUCCCACGACUCGCGGCGUGAACCAUCUCAAGCACACGGUUGUUGCUGCUGCGUCGUCGACGUCGGAAUCGCGCGCCAAAGACUUCCUCAAAGAGGUCGGCGCGCCAUCGGACGCAAAGGCAUACGGAUCGUACGAGGAGUUUGUCAAGAACCCAGACAUCGACGUCGUAUAUAUUGCCACACCACACUCGCACCAUUACCAGAAUGCCAUGCUGUGCUUGGAGGCGGGCAAGAAUGUGCUGUGCGAAAAGGCCUUUACUGUCAAUGCCGCCCAGGCACGGAAGCUUGCCGAGGUUGCCAGGUCAAAGAACCUGUUCCUGAUGGAGGCGGUAUGGACUCGCUACUUUCCUCUGUCGAUAUACGUGCGUGAGCAAAUCACUGCUGGACGCAUCGGACCCGUCACGCGCGUCCUCUCCGAUAACAGCAUGGCGCUCGACCCUGAGAAUAGCUUUGCAGAUGGCAAGAAUCGUAUGGUCAACCCAGACCUGGCUGGUGGCGCCCUGCUUGAUCUCGGCAUCUACGCUCUGACCUGGGUCUUCCAGACCAUAUACCACACGCAGCCCGAGAAGACGCGCCAGGCGCCCCAGCUGCAGGCCUUUGUCAAGAACUACGAGCCGACAGGAAUGGCUGAUGAGCACAGCACCAUGAUUUUGCGAUUCCCACGCUCAAAGGAGGAAGGCGGUGAGGCUCAUGCUGUAGCCACAACAUCUCUUCGCGUAGCUACUUCACCAGGGGGAAACAUGGACGCACCGUUUGUUCGUAUCCAAGGACCACUGGGCGAGAUCCAAGUAUUUGGGUCGUCGUUCCGGCCCCUCUCGACCAAAAUUAUUACCAAGGACGGCAAGGUCGAGUCCAAGGAAUUUCCAAUCCCAGGCCCAGGUAAGGGAAGCGGCUGGUACAACGGCUUUGGUGGCUCACUACAAUCAGAAGGAGAGGGUCAGGGCAUGUUCUGGGAGGCGGAUGAGGCAGCUGAUGCCAUCAUCAACGGCCGGAAAGAAGGCAGGUUCCUAGGCCUGGAUGAGAGCGUCUUGAUCAUGGAGGUUAUGGAUGAGGUAAGGAAGCAGGGGGGGCUGGUAUACCCUGACAAGAUUGAGACAUUGGACUACCCUAGGCAAUUGUAAGUGCGGUCAGGUGGGCGAUUGCGUAUGUGGUAGGACAAACGGGCCUAUGCCUAGAUGAUGAGUAAAUGGCGCAUGCUUGGAGAUGAUGCACAAGGCGGAAGGUGUUUUUCUGAUCAGCAUGUAGAAGAUGCUAGGCAUUAGCUAUGAUGUUGUCAUGUUUCAGGUAUUGGUGCGGUUGACCGCCAUAGCAAUAGCGACAAUCUUGGGCUAGUACUACCCCUGUGGUGUAAUUGUUCCCGAGUUGCUCCGCUGUCCGAAAUGCAUGCGAUCUUCGCCCUUGUGACGGCGAUGGCUCUAACAGGGGAUGCUUGACGACGAAUGUCUUGCAAUGGCCCGUUUGAUGCCUGCUGUGCCCGAAGCGGAGAACAAGUGUGGGUAUAGACUUGAUCGGGAGAGAUUGACACAGUGUUGGAAAGGGUAAAGUGAGC